AUGUCUUUCAAGACCUUCGCUCUUUUCGCGCUCCUCGGCGCCAGCCAGGCCACGCCGACCCCUAUGGUCCUCCAGCAUGACGACAUCCUCCUCCUGCGCGAUGACGGCCCGGCCGUCGUGAUGAAGGAGUGGGAGUACCAGAUCCAGGAGGACAUCAAGGAGGUGAAGCGCAAGGCCAACGCUCCUCGGGAGUCUUUCACCGUAUCCAACCUCGACCGAAGGUGCGAUGAGAGCACCGAGGUCCAGGUCCUCACCGACACCACGUUCAAUGACUGGGAUGUCACCAUGUCCCCAGUGCUUCAGAACUCCGGGGCUGGUGCUCUGAUUGCUGUCACCCAGGGAUAUUCUCUGGCAAACUCUGUCUCGGUAUCCGCAUCUGUCGGAACUUCCCUGGAGGGUAUUUUGUCCACGACCAUGACCAUCGACACCACCGAGACCUGGACGACCACGGACUCGCAGACAUGGACAUUCAACGUGCCGGCUGGCCAGUACGGUCUCGUCGUCAGCAACCCGCUGGUCCGCCGUAUCACUGGCAAUGUGAUCUCGGGCUGCACUGACACCCCAACCACGGAUGCCUUCACUUCGGAUUCAUACUCGAGCCAGCAGUCGGGAGACCUGGCGUGGGUGACUGGCCCCAUCAGGCUGUGCAACAGCACCGCCUAUCCUAUCCCGUACUGCAUCGGUACAGGAACACACUCGUAG